AUGGCUGACGCGGAUCUAUUCGAGAAUUGGUUUUCAAUCGCGGACCAGGAUCACGAUGGGCUGCUUACUGGUGCAGAGGCUGUGCAAUUCUUCCAACGCUCGAAUCUAUCUCAAGAAACACUUUUCCAGGUGUGGCAGAUGGUGGCAGGAGACAACAGCUCUCUGACGAAGCAACAAUUCUACAGCACGCUCCGACUCAUGUCCCUAGCUCAGGGGAGCGGCGGCGUGCUGCCUGAGGCGCAGGCGCGCUCUCUGCUGGUAGGCAUUGGCCCGGCAGUACCGCCGCCAACAAUGGCGGGCCUGCCAGUUCCGCGACCCACAGUAACGCAGCAGACCUGGCAAUCGGCGCCGCAGAUCCCCGGCGCGCGUCCGGCCGCCCCGGCCCCGGCUGCUGGCGCGUUCCCUCCCAUGCCCGCCGCCGAUGCGCAGCGCUACCGGGAUGUCUUUGCGCGCCUGGACACUGACCGCGACGGUUAUGUGGAGGGUGGCGAUUGCGCUGGCUUCUUCAUGCAAUGGGGCCUGCAGAAGGAGGUCCUGAGGGACAUCUGGGAGGUGGUGGCAGGGGAUGAGGGCCGCCUCAGCCAGGACCAUUUCCUGGGCUGCCUCUACCUGAUGGACCUGGCAAAGCGAGGGGCGCCGCCCCCCAAGUUCCUGCCUCCGGGGCUGUUCCCUCCCAUUGCUGGUGCCUCCGCGCAGCCCAACGCCGGGAGCUCCUUCUCGCUCUCCGGCAUGCAGCAGGAGGAUGUAUUCUCGAAGGAGCCCUCGCUGCCCCAGCUGCCGGGCAAGGUGCACUACAGUGCGCCGUCCGUGCCGGCGUACGCAUCCAGGGUGCCCCAGCCGGACGUUUCAUCGCUGAGCGCUGUGGAAAGGUCGCGGCUGCAGGCCGACCAGAAGCAAGCCCAGGACCUGGACCAACAGCUCUACCAGGCCCAGGUGGAAGGGCAGGCAGCCAAGCAGAAGGAGGCGCUGUACAGGGCCGCCCUGCAGGACCUCACCCUGUUCAAGAGCCGCACCAGCGCCGCCCUCUUGCAGGCGAGUGGUUGUAUACCAUCACUGUUCAUGCAUGAUUUCUCGAGGUAUAAUGCUCAGGAGCGGGCAGACAAGGAGACGGCGGACGCAAACGCGAUGCAGGCGCAGUAUGAGGCGGCUUGGGCCGGCGCGGAAGCCACUCACGCUCAGGGCCGCCAGCUGCUGGACUCCCUCACAAAGGCUCGCGCGCACAAGGCGGAGGCCACCACGAAGCUGGAGCAGCUGCAGCGCGACAUCGCAGAGCUGUCAUCGCUCUCACCUGAUCUGGUGGAGGAAGAGAACAAAGCCACCCGCGCCCUCAGCGAGCAAAUCCGGACGGCGGAGGCAGCCGCGGUGAAGCUGGACAUGCAGGCGGCGGCUGCGCACGCGGAGAAGGCUGCGCUGGAGCGGCAGCUGGAGGAGUUGAAGGCGGAGGACGGCGAGGCGGCGGCGGAUCUGCAGUCGCUGCUGAGCAGCACGGCGGACGUGUACCGGACUCUGCUGGGCAACGCGCACAAGGCGGGCAUCGCGGUGCCGGCCAGUGCGCUGCUGGAGGGCGCGCCGCGAGACGGACGCCAGCCGCUGGAGUGGAACGACUAUGCCGCUGUCGACGCAGAGGACUGGGAAGACUUCGAGGACGAAGGCUUCCAGGUGGUUGGAGGCCAUCCUGAGGCAGCAGCAGAGGUGCAGCCGAUGCAGGAACAGGCUCCCGCACAGCAGGAGUCAGAGUCUGUGCCAUCGGAGCAUCCUGCGCCCGCGCCCUCACACACCCUCGAGUCUGAAACCUCCGGAGGAUUUGCCGUUGACUUUGGGGACACCGCCUCUUCCAUCAAAGGAAAGCCAGCGGACUUUGCCGCCUUCAGCAGUUUCCCAAGCACUGCUGCACCGAGCAAGCCAGCAGAGGAGAGUUGGGCAGCCUUUUGA